AUGAACAUGUUACUGCUCAACGUCCUGUAUCUCAUCCUACAUAUGGCAUCGAGCAGCCGACAUGAGACCGUUGUGACUCUCGUGCCAAAUGUACUUGUCGUCAAGGUGGAUCAAAAGGUCUUCACUGAGACGCAGGUCCCUCUGCGAUGCGGGGACUACCAGGACACAGAGGUGAUCUGGAGGAAUGGCGAGGAGCGUCUCGAAAACAAAGGGAACCAGAUAAAUGUGGAAGUGGUGGAGAUGAUGGGAGGGAACUACAGCUGCCACAACGCUGCUGGAGACUACCUCAACCACACUCUGGUGCUGGUGCAGGACAUACCAUCACCCAACAGAACGAGACGCGUCCUGGAGAAAUCACAUGACACAGACAAAGAUGAGUACAUCAGAUGUUUGUCGAAAAAUUACAGUGGAAUAUUUCAUUGCUCUUGGAAGAAGACCGAAUAUCGGAUGUCAGCAGCUGUUGUUUUUGUCCAAGUAGAUCGCACCAUCUCCUGCUCCGUAGACAGUGAUGGUGAAGGCCUGACCUGUCAGGACCGGGAUAGCUGCCCCUUUGCUGAGGAGUUGUCCCGCAUCAAACUCACUGUAUACUUCAGGACUAACUACCUCCUAGAGGACUACACCAUCACGCCCUUCUACAUCCGAGAAAUAGUGAAACCAGACAAGAUCGACAUCACCAAGGUGGAGGGGAACACAUUUCAGUGGAGGUACCCGGCGACAUGGAGCCGCCCAUGCCCUUACUUCCCCCUCACAUUCCGAGUCAAAGUGGUCCAACACGAGGCAAGCUGUGACUCUAAGGAAAAGGUGUUGAUAAGUGAAACCAACAUAAAUGCAACAGAAUUCACUGUUCGUUCCAGCUACAAAAAAUAUUGUUUCUGCCUCGGGGCAAAGGAUGACCUGGUUGACUCCCAAUGGAGCCAGUGGACACGUCAUGAGGUGAAGAAUAAACCUAAGAAACAUUGA